AGAGGCAACAUGGCGGCGUCCAGUACCGCGGAGCAUUCUCCAGAGAUAUCGACGCCGUUAAAAAUACCGAAAACCGAGGUGCCAUCCCCUGAGUCGGAGGAUUUGAGUGACAGUAAUCAAUACCACUCCAAUCCCUCAACACCGAACCGCUUCUCGCCUUUGAACGUAGGCUCAGGGACCGCGGGCCGGACGGCGGCCUCAUCCUCCUCCAACAGCUUCACGGCUUGCCGAGGGAUGUCGUGGACCCCGUCCGAGACGAACGCCCUCAUUGCGGUCUGGGGCAAUGAGAGGCUGACGGAGGCGAGGAUGCAGCAGCUGGAGGUCGCAGGCACCGUGUUCUCCGGUAAGGCCCCCGGUCCUGCCAUGUACGAGCGGGUGUCCAGAGCCCUGUCGGAGCUGGGAUAUGAAAGGACUCCGUCCCAGUGCAGGGAGAGGAUGAAGACGCUGCGGCGCUGCUACAGCCGUGUGAAGGAGCAUGGCAUUGGCAAAAGGAAGAGCAGCUACACUAUAGAGCAGCUGGAGAAGGUGUUUGGUCAGGGAGGCUGGGACUCCCAGAGUUGUGCCCCAGUCCUGAUCAACAGCAGUGGGCUGUAUCAGGAGAUGGAGUCUGAUGGCAGCACCAUGGAAGACUUCUCCCAGGAGGACUGGUGCAACCAGGUGCUGGACUCGGCCUUCCAGGAGGGAGACAUGGAGACUGAAGAAAUCCAGGUGCCUAAAAACAGAGCUCUACAGAUUCAAAUAGAGCUGUCAGAACAAACCCAAAAAAGGGACAUGAUGCAGACUGUGAUGCGUAUCCUUGAGUCAGUGCAGCUGAAAUGGGAGCACUUCCAAACAUGGACUGAGUUCUCACGGCUGCACCUCUCCAACAAACUAGCCAUCUUUGGCGUGGGCUACAACACACGCUGGCGCGAGGACGUGCGUUAUCAUUACGCCGAAAUCAGCUCGCAGGUGCCUCUGGGCAAGAGGCUUCGUGAGUACUUCAACCCAGAAAAGCCAGAGGGUCGCAUUAUUAUGACCAAAGUUCAGAAGAUGAACUGGAAGAAUGUUUACUACAAGUUCCUGGACAUUACUAUCAGCGAGGCACGCUGCUUGGAGCUGCACAUGGAGGUGGACUGGAUCCCUGUAUCCCAGUCCAGGCCAGCAGGCUGCAGCAAAGGCACAUCCCACUACCUCCUGCCUGGGGAAAUCCCCAAGGCGUAUGGACUCUACGCUAUUGGCUACGAGGCAGUGUCGUCAUCCUCUCAUGACACCACUCACACCUCUGCACAGGGUGAUGGUGAAGACCAUAGCUUACCUCAGUGCGAGUCAGAGAACAGGGAACAAAGUCAGGCUGAUGGAGACGGUGCAGAGACGUGUGACAGGACUGGGGCUAAAGUCACUUACUGCUACCUAGGCAUAGCUGAGGAUAGGACCAUACAGCAGAGUCUCUUCCAGCACUUCCAGGGCUCUGGCAAACACCAUGUCCACGGGGAACCCUCUGCUGUGACGCGUUUCCUGCAGGAGAACUGCUGCGGUGCUGUCACAAAUCAGAACGGUGAAGGAGGUGAAGACUCAGCUCAACGUUAUGCCAUUUACAUUAAAUUCAUUGAGGUGGAGCUGGACUUCCUCUCAGCAGGCUCCCUGGUGGAGUGCCUUGAAACUGCUAUCGGUUGUUCCUUGAAAUUCAACAACAGAGAAACAUUGUAACUACACUCAGUGUUUCAGAUUUGUAUUGACUAAAGAUAUAAUUAACAAGUGUUACAGCCAGCAAGGCAACAAGAAAGGUGACCAAUUCUCUCUGUUAUAAAGCAUGGAUGUGUGCAAGAAUCUGGUAUAUUUUUGCAGCCUUUUCAGCUCUAUUGAACUGAUUUUUCAUUAGACCCUUGUUAAGUCUUAAAAGAACGAUGAUGCACAAUAUGACAAAUGUAUUGUGUAGAAAUAUUGGAACAUUAGCUUAAGUAUCGCAGAGCUGCAACAUCCAAGAAACAUGUACUUAUUAUUUAAUGCUAAUGUGCACUUCAAAGGUUUUUGCUGCUUGUUUAGUGUAGAUAAAUAUUGCCUCAUCAGGGAGCGUGGGGUUGGCAAGGUGACUACUGCAGUAUGCAUCUGUCUACCUCAGUAGGAUGUAGCAAACAAGGCAGCGAGGGGACCAUAAGAGUGUAUUCAUUCUAAAACUGCCUUUACUUUGACUGUUGAGGUCUGGACCUGAAUUCACAAAGCAUCGAAGAGUAACGGCUGAUUUUUGAAUUAUGUUUUGCACAUGUAACUGGGCUGCAGCUAAAGAUGCUUCCAUGCAAACUAGGGAGACAAAGCAAAGAACUAGUAUUGGCCAAUUUGGAGAUCACCUGUUUAUCCAGCAGUGUGAACACUGCAUACACAAACCUGACCAAAGGUUGGGUGUGGUUUCCACUCCAUUUUAACUUAGCACACUAUAGGGGCACCUAUAUCGAUGGCUCUGUGCAGCAAGUAAACAAAAUAAGCAUGGUAAAUAAUACAGACUAGUGGUGCAAUGGCUCAAUAAAUUUACGGCUCGAUUCGAUACACUACAGUGGUCACAGUUCGGUUAAAUGUAUGAAAACUAACACAAUUUGGGCUUUUGUUGUCUUUGUACAAAGCAGGAAUCACUGUCUGGCUGACAAGGGCUCAUUAAAGUCUUGUUAAGAGCUCUCAGAGCUCUUUCAGUCUAAUAAAUACAUGAAUAAAUAAAUGCCACAGUCAUAUCAACACAAGCUGAACAGCCAUCGUACCUUUAAGUCGUUAUGGCUGAAUCAUGUACCUGGCCUGCCGGCAGUUACAGCUCACUGCUGUGGGUUUGCGCUUUGUGCUAAUGUUAGCUGCUGUUAGCUGCUGAACAAGAGACAAUAGCUACACAGUGUCUCUCAUUCCCUGGUUCAGGGGUGUUUGUGCUGCUGGCUUAGCUGCUAAAGAGAGUCUGUCGCUGCACAGCAGCAUGUUCUUUGGCUCAGGGGUUGUUUAUGUUAUUGUACUACUGUGUUAGCUGCUAAGGAGAGUCUGUAGCUGUGCGGUGGCUCGUUCUUUGGCUCAGUGUGUUUUAUCCAUCACUCUCUCUCACCAUCGUCCUUAUAAUUUUACAGCAAAACUUAAGUGGCUUUGGACACCAGACCUGUAUCGAAGGUUCUUCUGUUUCUGGUCUGGUAAUGGUGAUUCUAACCAUAUUGCAACGAGCUACCCUGGCGUAGCUGCCACCCAGUGUGUCUCACUGGAGUAGAAUGUUCUGGGAGAGACAGACAGCAUGUUGCCUGUCCUGUGGCACUGAGAACAUUCUAUGAAACACUGUUUAAGCUGUAUAUUUUAUUUUCCAGAUGUAAUUGGAUAGUUUAAUUUAGCACUCAAAUUGUAAUGUGUACCGAACAGAAAGCCUCGUAGCAAACGCUUUGAAUAUGCGUAUUGUUACACCCCUGAUACAGACACAUGAAAACGUUUUUCACACUUGAAAAGGUUCUGUAGUGUUCUUUCAACACUUACAAGCUGCAAAAAGAUGAAAUUAAACUUAAUCAUAGCAUCUCUACCACCUGCUGCUGUUUGGUUAUCAGCUGAUAGAGAUUCAGUGUCAUGCUCACCACCUGCACACCAUGUAACCGAGGUUCCCACCAUUGCCCCACGACUAAAUGAAGUGCACUUUUUAAGCUGUCCCAUUAUCUGUUCAGCCUUCUUGCUGACUUUGUUGCAUAGUCUUUUGAAGCUCUAUACAAAACAUACAAAAUGUUCCCUAGGUUGGUGGUAUUCAGAGCACAAGAAAAUUCUGUUCACAACAUUGAGUCUUGUUGCACCACCAUACCGUCUCUUGCAUUGCCUCACAGCAAGAGGAUUCCUGGUUGCAUGUCGGUGAAGAUGCAACCAGGGCCUUGCUUGAGCAAGUCCAGUUGCCUACGAUAUAGCACUUAUGAAGGUUCCUGGUCUGAACCCAGGGUGGGGGGGUUCGAACCCUGGAGUGGGGGAGCCCUUCAAUGCGAAGUUUGUAUGUUCUCCCCGUGUCAGCAUGGGUUUUCUCCGGGAAGUUAAUUGGUGACUCUAAAUUGUUCAUAAGUAUGAAUGUAAGCGUGAAUGCUUGUCUGUCUCUAUAUGUCAACCCUGUGAUAGCCUGGCAAUCUGUCCAGGGCAUAGCCCGCCUCUCGUCCACUGUCAGCUGGGAUAGGCUUCAGCUCCUGCGUGACCACUAACAGGAUAAAAUGGAAAAUGAAUGAAUGAACAAACAUUGAGUCUUGUCUUGGCUAGAAAUUCUGAAAUACUGCCAGAUCAGUGCAGAUAUUAAUUUGUGUUUUUGUGCCAUGGUAUCUGCCAAAAUGAGAAAUUCCUGAUUUUACACUGGAGUCUAAGUAUACAGUAACCCAUAUGUAUUGGUGAUCAGUACUUGGAGCAUCUUUAGCUGCAGCUGUGGGGCUGUGGGUUAUCAGUUGAUCAUUACAGAAGCUGUGUUGACCUCCCACAUACUGGUGUUUUAAAUGCACCACUCUUGCAGUUGACACACAAUCAUGCUUACAGGUGUAAACCAGGCCUACAAGCACUGAUCUAUGACUUCAAGCCAGGUUAAGACAUUAAGCUGCAGGGGAUAGCUCAUCCUUGACCAAUAAUUAAACUGAAUUCUUAUGAACAUGAUUCCUGAGGUUAUGUGCAAUGUGCCAGGAGAGACUGUGUAGAGAAGAAUCAAACAGUGAAUAAGUCCAUAUUGAAUCUAUGUAUAUGAAAGCUACCUUAUAUAUCUAUAAUAUAUAUUUAAAAAUAUUGAUGUUCUUGAGCAUUCCGGCUUUUGCAAACUUGCAAUGUUUAUUUGUUUGGGUAUACAGUAUAUAAAAAUAAAUAUGAUAUUUUAUAUUUUAUUGGUUGACACAUGUCUUGUAUGUGAUUGUUUUGAAGUCACCGUCUUGUAUGUUUACAUGUUUGAAAAACAAUAAAUGGGGCACUCACUGUC